AUGUUCCCAAAUUGCUCCAACUUGGGUCGUCCACCCUUCCCUCCAAAGCAUCAACACCAGAGUAAUUUCUUCAAUAAGCUUCCUCUAAACGUACCACCUACUCUUGCCUCUCACCAGCAAAUUAUUGAUGUUCAGUUUAGUUUUUGGAAUACAGCUCUUUCCAGGGCUCUUUUGAGUGGGAACCUUGCAACUGUCCCAGCUGUUACACCACAACCAAUGGCUUAUGGAAGUGGCAAUCCAGUACCUACGUCUGAUUCCCCCACAUCAUUCCAAGGAAGGAAGAGACGAAGUGAACAAAGUGUUCCACGUGACGUCAAACGUCAGCGUCUUCAUUCACAUCAUUCUGAAACAACUUCAGUUAACCAAGCAGUGCCUUUACCAGAAGACCGUAGAUGCUCUUUCCCAGGAUCAAUUCAAUCUCCACUGUUCCCUUCAUGUGUCCCUCCGUUGCAAGAUCCUUUGUUUCCAGACCCAAUAGAAACCUCACUACCUGUGGCCAAAGAUAAGUUAAGUCAGCAGGUUUUGGAGUUGUUUCAAGCAUGUCAGCAACAGACUUGUGAUUUGAACAGAAAAGAACUCUGCAGAACACAACUCCAAAGAGAAAUUCAGCUCAUUUUUCCACGUAGCAGACUCUUUUUGGUUGGGUCCUCACUAAAUGGGUUUGGCACUCGUAGCAGUGAUGGCGAUUUGUGCCUGGUGGUUAAAGAAGAACCAGUAAAUCAGAAGACUGAAGCAAGGCAUAUACUCAGCUUAGUCCAAAACCUCUUCAUUACUAGACUUUCAGGCUACAUUGAGCGACCUCAGCUGAUUCGAGCAAAAGUGCCAAUAGUGAAGUUCAGGGAUAAAGUCAGCCGUGUGGAGUUUGACUUGAAUGUAAACAAUGUUGUAGGAAUAAGAAACACAUUUCUUUUGAGAUCUUAUGCAUACGUUGAGAAUCGAGUACGUCCAUUAGUACUUGUUGUUAAGAAGUGGGCAAAUUUUCAUGAAAUAAAUGAUGCCAGUCGUGGUACUUUAAGCAGCUAUAGUCUUGUAUUGAUGGUUUUGCACUAUUUACAAACCCUACCUGAACCCAUCCUUCCAUCCCUCCAAAAAAAUUACCCAGAAUCUUUUGAUCCUGAUAUGCAGUUACAUCGUGUUCAUCAAGCUCCAUGUACCAUUCCUCCUUACAUCUCAAAAAAUGAAUCAAGCCUUGGGGAUUUGCUAAUAGGCUUCUUCAAAUAUUAUGCCACAGAAUUUGAUUGGAGCCGUCAAAUGAUUUCAGUUCGUGAGGCCAAAGCUAUUCCAAGACCUGAUGGCAUUGAAUGGAGAAACAAGUUUAUUUGUGUAGAAGAGCCCUUUGAUGGAACAAAUACUGCUAGAGCUGUACAUGAAAAACAGAAGUUUGAUCUAAUCAGAGAUGAAUUUCUUCAGACUUGGCAGAUCUUACGAAUCAAGAAAGACCUGAACUGUGUAUUACCUUUAAGAGCAGCCAUACAGAAAAGAUGA